AUGAACAGGGAAGGAGGAUAUGGGAACAAACCACUCAUUCUUGAUGGAACCAACUAUGAUUAUUAUAAAGCUUGUCAGGAUGGGAAGGUUACUGAUGUUUUGAAGGAUGGGGAAGAUUGGAAUGAUGAAGAUGAAAAAUCAUCAGAGGGAAACUCCAAAACAUUGAAUGCCCUAUUCAAUGGAGUGGACAAUAACAUAUUCAGACCGAUAAGGAAUUGUAAUGUUGCUAAAGAAGCUUGGGAGAUUUUGAAGACUUCUCAUGAAAGAAGCUCUAAGAAAGAUAGAAUUGAGAGCUUCUUUCUGGCUCAUGAUGCUGACUUAUGGGAUAUGGUAAUUGAUGGAUACAUGCAUCCAGUAGAUGAAAGUGGUCAGAAGAUAGAUAGAAAAAGAAUGUCUGACCAACAAAAGCGUGACUUCAGAAACCAUCAUAAGGCCAGGACAAUUCUUCUCAGUGCCAUCUCAUACUCAGAGCCAAUGGUCACUGCUCUUAAGCUGGCUAAAGAUCUCAACAAGAUAUCUUUGGAGGAACUUGUUAGCUCCCUCAGAAUCCAUGAGAUAGAGAUAGAAGAUGACGAGCCUCAGAAGAAAGAAGAAGACGAAUUGUCUCUUCUCUCCAGAAGGGUCAAUCAGCUGUGGAAGCAGAGGCAAAGAAAAUUCAGAAACUCCAGAAGAUCAGGGAAUCAGAAUGAAUCCUCCUCCGGAUAUAGAAAGUCUGAGCCCUCCUCUGGACACAGAAGGUCUGAAGCUUCUUCUGGUAUCAGCAACUCAGUCAAAUUCAAGAACCUGAAAAAGGAUCUUGCUUCUGACUCUAAAGAAACUGAUAGUCUUAGAUUAGAAAAUUCUGAGUUAAAAGAAAAGAUUUCAAAACUAGAAAAUGAUUUACAAAACUCUCAGAAAGAAAUAAUCUCAGAGGCUCCCAGUAGUACUGAUAAAAUCAUAAAAGAAUAUGAUCACAGCUUUCAGAAGUUUCUGGCUAAAAACAUAGAUAGAAGCAAGAUGGCUUCAAUGAUCUAUGGAGUUAGCAGAAAUGGCAGAAAAGGAAUAGGAUACCAACGUAAGGCUCUUCCAGCUUCUGUUUUGCAAUCUGAACUCAGUAUGGGUCGACACAUGGGGGUUAUGUGUCGAUACAUGCUAUAUUUUCCUGCCUUAAACAUUGUUUUUCUUGUCUAUACAGUUAGAUUGGCGAGUUCUGCCAUUCGUGACUCGAAGGUGGAAGAUGAUUGGACACUAGAGUGCCCAGAAAUUUGCACUCGACGAUGCGAUGAUAGGAGGAAUGGGCUUAAGGAUGCCAUUUGGAGAGGUGAUAGAAUCUUGAUGGAAUCCGUAUCUGGAGCGUAUCUGAACAGUAUCAAAAGGUUGAAUCUGAAUGAGUAUCGGGAUGGCAUCCGUAUUUGGAGCGUAUCUGAACUGUAUCUAGAAGCUGUCUUUGAAUGA